CAGGAAGUAGCUGCUACACAAACUUCCGACAAGGAUGCGCGAAACCCUCGAAGAGAUUUCCCUUUAGUUGAUAUCCUUGUUGAUUGCCUUGAAAGACAGAAACACAGUGUAAACAGACUAGAAACACAGCGCCAGUCAUGUCAGAGACAUACGAUUUCCUGUUUAAGUUCCUUGUGAUAGGAAAUGCAGGGACUGGAAAAUCGUGUCUGCUUCAUCAUUUUAUAGAAAAAAGAUUCAAAGAUGACUCAAAUCACACUAUUGGGGUUGAAUUUGGCUCAAAGGUAAUCAGUGUGGUCAGUAAGUUUGUCAAGCUCCAGAUCUGGGAUACAGCGGGACAGGAGCGUUUCAGGUCUGUAACACGCAGCUACUACAGAGGGGCAGCAGGGGCUCUUCUCGUGUAUGACAUCACUAGUCGAGAAACAUACAACACUCUGACCAACUGGUUGACAGAUGCCAGGAUGCUGGCCAGCCAGAACAUCGUGAUCAUACUGUGUGGGAAUAAGAAAGAUCUUGAUGCUGACCGUGAAGUCACCUUUCUGGAGGCCUCACGCUUCGCUCAAGAGAAUGAGCUCAUGUUUUUGGAGACCAGUGCUCUAACAGGGGAGAACGUGGAGGAAGCUUUUGUCCAGUGUGCACGGAAAAUCCUUAACAAGAUAGAGUCAGGUGAGCUGGACCCGGAGCGGAUGGGUUCAGGAAUCCAGUACGGAGAUGCAGCGUUGCGGCAGCUGCGUUCUCCCAGACGGGCUCAAGCAGAGAGCGUGCAGGACUGUGGCUGUUAACACUGAUCCCAGUCAGCUGACCAACCAGGCCAAGGCAGGUUUUGUGAACACGAGGAGGAGGACAUUAGUGGGGAGUUUGACGUACGGCUCAUCAUGGUGGAGUGACUGUUUCCCUCUGACAUGCUGGGGGACCCCCCUGUGCUCAAGAAGGCUCUGGAAAAUGUUUACUGUCCCCCUCGGGCCCAAGCCAAGACAUCUGUGGUACCCAAAACCCUGAGGGUAGCUAAAAUACCCGGCCCUUGUUCCUGAGAAUACUGCACUGAGCUCCUGCCCCGUCUUUCCCUCUUCCAUAUGUAGAUGUUGUGUAGACAAGAGUUUCUAUUAUCACCUUGGAGCAUGUUUCAUGGUUGCAGUGCUACGACAUAUUCAUAAAUGACUAUAUACAGCAUAUAUAUAGCUUAGGCAUUACUGCUUUAUGGCACGCACCUGUAAAUCUUAUCAAUGGAGUUUAUCGUGCAUUAUCUUGCUAGCAGAGUUUCCUUUUAUUUAAAAAAGAAAGAAAGAAAAGUUUCAUGUCUGUUGUAUUAUUUGUAUAUUUUGGUUGGUUAUGUUUUAGGAAAGGAUGCUAGAAUGUUUGUUUAAAUUUAAGGGCCAGUGCACCCUUGCCUUCAUAUCGCACUGUUAUACAUUGUCAGUAUGAACAGCUUCAAAAUCAGUGUUACAUGCUCUAUAUUUAUUGUAAAGCAUUCAUGUGCUGCAGUCCCAUUUUAAGGUGUCUGUUGGAAUAACACUGUUUAAACUGAUUUCUGUUUUCAAGAUUUUCUUUUUUGUUGAGAAUAUGUAUUUUCUUAUUUUUCUCUACUUGUCCCCUGUACUUACAUUUAUACAUUUUAAGUGAACAUAUCUCAAAUAUGCUUGCACCGAAAAUGAAUGAUAAAUCAUUGUGACCCAACUUCAUAAUGCGUGUCAUUAUGUCUUUAUAUUAAGAUUUAAUGUUGGUAAAAACUUAAAAUGGGAAAAUUGCCAGUAGUCAUGAUUAACAUUUGCAUUUGAAUGGUAGUUGGUUCUUUGUUUUUCAUUAAUCUUGUGUCUACACUUUACAUCGAUCUAAAAAAAAAAAAAAAAAAAAGUAAAUAAAUUCUGUAGCAUUAAUGUAAAGAAUUAAGAUCUGAGUCAAAACUUACCUAAUCAAAUGUACAAUUUAGCUGCUGUUUGUAAAAUAAGUGUAAUUUGUGUUAAACUUUCUGGACAUCUUUCUUCAUGCAACAAAUGAAGUUUUUAUUUUUUUUAAAUAAUCAUUCCAUUAAAGUGAACAAGGGAACUUUGCCAGACAUUAAAGUGCUCCUUGGGUCUGAUACAUGGAUGAGGUCUGGGCAAGCUUGCAGAAUCCUGAUGUCCAAGACCAGCGUGCUGUAAUGAGUUGGCAAUUUAAAAAUCUGCCUUGUGCAUUAAUGACAAAAAGAGUUUCAUAUAAUACUGCAGCAAGCUUGUGAACAAGCUGUCCUAUUAACAGCAAUGUUAAGACUGAAAACUGACACAUUUACUACCAGACUGUGUCCUCGUAAAGAAAGUGUUAAAAAACUAUUAUCACAUUUACAUCUCAGUCUCACAGGCAGUAAUCUAAACGCUUAAACUUUAAUACCCUUCAAAACUGCUUCCUUAGCAGACAGUGGAAUGGAUAUUAAUCAUAUUAAUCUAGCUCAUAAACAUUAUGGCUUCAUUAUCUAUACCCUAAAACCAACACUAUUCACAUAGUACAUGCCAUAAAUCACUAUGAAGAUAUGAUAUGGG